CCGGGAGGGAGGUGUGCGGGGCGCGGGCCGGGGCCGGGUUCGAGUCUGGACGACAAAGGCUGGAGGCGGCGGCGAGGUGACCCCGGGGUGCAGGGGUUGCCGGGACUCCAGGGCAUCCAGCCAUGCAGCCACGGCGCCUGUCCCUUUGGGACCCGCUCAGGCCUGAACAGGAGCCGCUGCCGGGUUUCUUUUCUGUGCUGCGCCCGGUGACCUCUGACAUCGUAUCCCUGACACUGUGUGUUGCCGGCGACCCAGGGAGGCGGCCUCGCCAGGGAGAGCCAGGCUGUGGCCGCCCCUGAGGGCUGGCGAGGCGGCCCGACCAUGCCGUCCGAGUCAGUGUGCCUGCGACCUCCCCAGCAGCCUGAAGGCAGGAUGCUCAAGGGACAGCUUCCAAGCACAGACAAAGACCUGGCACAGAGCUCCAGCCCGGGGUCCCUGCCCUCUACCACCUGUCAGGGCCUGGAGAAGAGCCCCGUACUUCCUUUCAGCAUUCCGGCAAAACUUAGUGGGGACCCACAAGCGGAGGCAAAACCCAUUGUCCCGCAGCCCCCGGCCAGGCCCAGGCUGGAGCGAGCCUUGUCCCUGGAUGACAAGGGCUGGAGGAGAAGGCGUUUUCGAGGCAGCCACGAGGACCUGGCUGCCCAGAAUGGGGCCAGUGCCUCCAGAGGCUCCGAGCACAGGGAGGUGCCCCCAGCCCCCAGCCCCAGUCUCUCCCCACCCUGCCUGAGCACCUCCUUGCAGGAAAUCCCCAAGUGCUGCAGGGGCCCAGGCAGCGAGGGAGGGAGCCCCUCUCCGGGGGGUAGGCGUCUCUCGGGGGUGCUCAGCGGCUCCCUGGACCUCCUGCACGGAGGCGAGCUCUGCGCAGCGCGCUCCCCCAGGUUGGCCAGCCUGCUUCCCCCUCGCCCACCGCCCGCCAUGGACCUGGACGUCACCUCCGACUCCCUGAGGACAACAAACAAGGUUGACUCGGAGCACGCCGACUACAAGCUCCGCGUGCAGACCAGGCUGGUUCGGGCUCACAGCAGCCUGGGCCCUGGCCGGCCCCAGAGCCCCCUGGCCUGCGACAGCUGUUCCCUUCGUUCGGCCAAAUCUGCCUUCAGCCUCCUGGCGCCCAUCCGCACCAGGGACGUCCGCAGCAGGAGCUACCUGGAGGGGAGCCUCCUGGCCAGCGGGGCCCUGUUGGGGGCGGACGAGCUGGCCCGCUACUUCCCGGACCGGAACGUGGCCCUCUUUGUGGCCACCUGGAACAUGCAGGGCCAGAAGGAGCUGCCGCCAAGCCUGGAUGAGCUCCUGCUUCCUGCCGAGGCAGACUACGCCCAGGACCUGUAUGUCGUCGGGGUGCAGGAGGGCUGCUCUGACAGGCGGGAGUGGGAGACUCGCCUGCAGGAGACGCUGGGUCCCCACUACGUGCUGCUGUCCUCGGCGGCCCACGGGGUGCUCUACCUGUCCCUGUUCAUCCGCCGGGACCUCAUCUGGUUCUGCUCAGAGGUGGAGUGCUCCACGGUGACCACACGCAUCGUGUCGCAGAUCAAAACCAAGGGCGCCUUGGGCAUCAGCUUCACCUUCUUCGGCACCUCCUUCCUGUUCAUCACGUCGCACUUCACCUCUGGAGACGGGAAGGUGGCGGAGCGGCUGCUGGACUACACCAGGACCGUGCAGGCCCUGGCCCUGCCGCGGAACGUGCCGGACACCAACCCCUACCGCUCCAGUGCAGCGGACGUCACCACCCGCUUUGACGAGGUGUUCUGGUUCGGAGACUUCAAUUUCCGCCUGAGCGGCGGGCGCGCGACCGUGGACGCCCUCCUGCUGCAGGGCCCGGAGGCAGACGUGCCGGCGCUGCUGCAGCACGACCAGCUGACCCGGGAGAUGAGGAAAGGGUCCGUCUUCAAGGGCUUCCAGGAGCCAGACAUCCACUUCCUGCCGUCGUACAAGUUCGACAUUGGGAAGGACACCUACGACAGCACGUCCAAGCAGAGGACCCCUUCCUACACGGACCGGGUCCUGUACAGAAGCCGCCACAAGGGUGACAUCUGUCCAGUGAAGUACGCUUCCUGCCCUGGGAUCAAGACGUCCGACCACCGCCCUGUGUAUGGCCUGUUCCGAGUGAGAGUGCGGCCCGGGCGUGACAACAUCCCGCUGGCCGCCGGCAAGUUUGACCGAGAACUGUACUUAAUAGGAAUUAAAAGACGGAUUUCUAAAGAAAUUCAGAGACAGCAAGCGCUAAAGAACCAGAACUCCAGCACCAUCUGCACUGUUUCUUGAAGCUGCACGAGGACUGGCCAACUGCGGUGUGGGAGGGCAUUUGACCAAAAGUCACUGGAAGACGGAAGCGUCCGCCCCUGGGUGGCCUCUCGCCCUCUUUGGGACCCUCGUGAGCCAGCCCAGGCCGUCCCACUUUCUCCUCACGCGGGGCUGUGGCGAGGCUGUGCCCUGCCGUGUCUGUGUCCCAGCAGGGAAGCCGGCCCUCGGCCUGAGCACACCUGUCCCGGCCAGGAUGCGUCCCCAUGGGCACAGGUGGAGCUUCGCUCUCAGGGCAGGCAGAGCUCGGACCCCACACGGAAGCACCGCACCCCCCACAGCCCCCACGCCCCAGAGGCUGUCGCGGGGUCCCCCACUCUUCCUGCCGGCGAGCGCCAGCACUCUCCCAAUGCCUUGUUCACGCCAUCACGGCCGGAUCGGAUGUCUCCAGGUCUGCGUCCUCCUGACAGCCCCUCACACCCCCCGAGAGCUGGGCCCGUCCUCCCUCGAGUACCCCUCGCCACACGGGAGUCUGCAGAGGCUGGGUUGGGGCUGGGCCACCCCUCAGACCCCUGGAGUGCCUGGGAGCCCAGCUGACGAAGCCAGACGCUCAGACGUGAUGCGGUCCCCUCUGCUAGGCUGCAAGUCACCCGCCUUGGGACAAAGAGGCCCCGGCUGAGUAAGACACUACUUCCCGUCUCCUGUCCUGUGAAAACAUGUCAGUUUGGUAACGUCAGCCACACAACAUUAGAGCAGUGCUGGGAACUGCCGGAAGCUCAAGAGUGUCACCAUUGUCCACCUGGCCAGGGUCCACCACCAUGUCCGGGGUUUUUCUUGGAGAGGGUUCAUCCUGGCUCUUUGCAUCUUACCCUGUCUUUUGAAAAAAAUAACGUAGGCUUGGGAUGUGUGAAAAUCUAGCGACAUUCAAUCUAGUCCUUUAAAUUAUUUAUUUUUCCAUAUUUAUGUUUUUAAAUAAAUGCAUAUAUUCGAUCUUAAACUCUCUUUCUAGCCAAAGAUUGAAUUUUGGGAAGGAACAACCUAUGUGUACCCUAUUCUUAAAUGUUCUUAUUUUAAAAGGCUGUAAAAUUCAAAGGCAGAAAGUCUGGACCCAACCAUCAAGUUGCUGACCAAGCUGCUGUCUGACUCCCGCUACUCCUGCUCCAUUUGCCGCCCGGACGCCAGCAUCCACUGGAAAAGGGUCUUCCCAGGGAAAAAUGACUACUUCAGACGGGAGUGGACUGUGAUGAAAUUAGGAACAAUUGCAAUGAAAAACAUAGAAAACUUCGAUUAGCAUUACCUUCCAAAAUACAGAAGCAAUACACACCCAAUCUGUUGAUAACAACGCCAGCCCCGUCUACACUAUUCAGUCCGUACGUUUGAGAUUUUGUUCAGACAAAUCAAUUAAUUGGAAAUCUCUUUGUUACAAAGAUUUUUAUGGUAGUGGGACUUGAAAUGAGUGAGACUUGAUGGAUUCUGUCCAGGCAUUUUCUCUGACCCAUACCACAGGGAGGACGUUUUCGCCUGAGCCCAGAGCGCCUGUUGGGCAGGGUAUCAAGAAUUCACGUCCUUGGAGGAUCAUCGCAGACAUCUAAUAAGAUCGUGGUUCAAAAGUCGAGUGAUUUGCCUGAUCCUAGACUUUAGAUUUUAGAUGAAUGGAAUUUCACUUGGAAAAUUAGUUUAAAAUUCAAAUUAAUGCCAUGGAAGUUGGCCGACAGCAGUGGAAACAAGCUUCAUAAAGAAUCAUGAAACACAA